AUGACCACAGCUGCAGCGCCUGUCAGCAUGACUGCAGCGCCUGUCAACAUGACCACAGCUGCAGCGCCUGUCAGCAUGACUGCAGCGCCUGUCAACAUGACCACAGCUGCAGCGCCUGUCAACAUAACUGCAGCGCCGGUCAACCUAACUACAGCGCCUGUCAACAUAACUGCAGGUCUUGUCAACAAAACUGAAGGUACAGUCAACAUAACUACAGCGCCGGUCAACAUAACUGCAGCGCCUGUAAACAUAACUGUAGCGCCUGUCAACAUAACUGCAGCGCCUGUCAACAUAACUGCAGCGACAGUCAACACAACUGUAGCACCUGUCAACAUAACUGCAGCGCCUGUCAACAUAACUGUAGCACCGGUCAACCUAACCACAGCUGCAGCGCCGGUCAACAUAACUGCAGCGUCUGUAAACAUAACUGCAGCGUCUGUAAACAUAACUGUAGCGCCUGUCAACAUAACUGCAGCGCCUGUCAACAUAACUGCAGCGCCUGUCAACCUAACCACAGCUGCAGCGCUGGUCAACAUAACUGCAGCGCCGGUCAACAUUACUGCAGCGCCUGUAAACAUAACUGUAGUGCCUGUCAACAUAACUGUAGCGCCUGUCAACAUGACUGUAGCGCCUGUCAACAUAACUGUAGCGCCUGUCAACAUAACUGCAGCGCCUGUCAACAUAACUGCAGUGCCUGUAAAAAUAACUGAAACGCCUGUCAACAUAACUGCAGGUACGUUCAACACAACUACCGCGCCUGUCAACCCAACUGCAGCGCCUGUCAACAUAACUGCAUCGCCGGUCAACGUAACUACAGGUACGGUCAACAUAACUGCAGGUCCAGUCAACAAAACUGAAGGUACAGUCAACAUAACUGCAGCGCCUGUAAACAUAACUGAAACGCCUGUCAAUACAACUGCAGCGCCUGUCAACAUAACUGCAGCGCAUGUCAACAUAACUGCAGCGCCUGUAAACAUAACUGUAGCGCCUGUCAACAUAACUGAAGCGCCUGUCAACACAACUGCAGCGCCUGUCAACAUAACUGUAGCGCCUGUCAACCUAACCACAGCUGCAGCUCCGGUUAACGUCCGGUCAACAUAA